GGACACACAUACAACAUUAAACAAACCCUCACGGAGCUUGAAAUCAUCGUUUUGCCGUUCUACUUACAGACACAUACACAAAAGCACAACCAUCAUGUCGAUGUCAGUGGCGCAGGCGAGGACAACUCUUAAAGAGGUGAUGCAAUACGCGGAGGAGGGAAUCCACUACUAUGACGACGGGGAGCUCCGACUACUCACGGAGAGAGUGCCGAGUUACUUCGAUGUCAGAGUGAACAUUCGAGCAAGCAUCGCUGCGAACGGAGAGGAGUCGCUCAGAGCACGGAUGCUAUUGGCACGGUUCACUGAGGCGCAUGAUUUGCGUGUAGACAACACUGCUGAUAGUAGUGCAUACAUUUUGAGAAAAGUGGUUGGUUGGAUGUGCACAGAAAGGAUGUCCGAUGAAAGCGACGUGGAUAUGACAAAGCAGCAGAAGGGUGGAACAUACAUGCCAGCCGAUUUCAAGCAGACGCUGAUGACACAGACGAAGAAAUGGGGAAUGGUUGUUGAAGGUUCUAAGGACGAGAUGAAGAGCGGUGUAGCAGAAAUUUUAGUACUCUCGCAUGAGCGAAUCUUACAAAAUGAACGAGGGGGUAGAUGGCAAGGGUUGUAUCAUGGGCUCAACGAGCCGUUGCUCCCGUUGAGCAGUGAGAGAUCAGUGAAGCGAUGGAAGAGGAUACUGGAGGACCCGUGGUAUGCGGAAAUGUACCAGAUGAUGACCACAGAUGACGUCCAAUAUCCUCAGAUGGCGCAUGAACCUUUGUUCAGUAUUGCAGGGGGCAAUCGGUCAAGAGGUAUGGUUGUAGAGGCUGGAAAGAGGUCCGAGAGGGUGGACGAGGAACACUUGUUCCCGUUCACGUGGACAUCAAUAAGACACGCCAUAGCGAUAACGGAACGGGACGUAUUGCGAUUAGGUGCAAAGCAGUGGCUGAACGACGACAUGAUUGAUAUGCUGAAGAGAAUGGCUCUGAAGCCAAGGUACGAGGAUGUGUGCAAGUCCUUGAAGUCCAUGGGGAGGAGAGAGAAGGGGGAGAGGGCAGCAAAGGAAGACAAGAAGGCAGUCAAGCAAAGACAUAGCAUAAGGGAUAUUCCCCAAUUGAAGAGACAGGAGACGAGCACAGUCCGAGGGACACAAGCAGUGCUCUCUGUCCCGCCGCGGAAAAAGCAGACGGGAAAACUGGUCGAAUACAAUAAAAUACCUGUCGCGAAUCCCCUGCAGUGGAAGAGACACGGCGACAGUGAGAGGCAGCCCCCAAGAGCGCCAGAGAAGAAAAGACGACAUGAAAAAGUACAGUUGCAACAACAGAGGACAAAGAAGAGAAUAAUUUACAGAAAAGACAGGACUCCUGAAGCAAUCGGCCUCAGAGGGUCACACGAUUUACGAACCACCGCUCAGGAGGACGGCGAAGAAGAAAACACCGGCGAAGAAAUGUCAGAAGAAGUAGAACAUGAGAGAAUGCAAGGAGGAGAAGGUGACGAAAGUGAUGCAGAGGAGAGCAAGGAAGAGGGAGACAGCACCGAUGACAAAACGGACAGAUCAGAGGAGGGCGAAGAGGAAGAGGAAGGCAACAGUGAAGACGAAGAAAGAGAGAUUACAUCUGCUGAGAACAGUGCAAAAUGCGGAAGUGAUGAAAAAAAGGCAGGCUCAGUAGGGACUUCAUCGAACACCAAACAAAUUGUGCAGAGGGAGAAUGUACCGCUACAGGGUAAGAGGAAGGGCGCCUUAUAAAGAAACCACUAUGUGUGGACAGCACGGUCGUUUUCGGUGUUGCAGAAACGACAAG